AUGAUUUCUGAAGGCAGCUCCUUCGUGAAGGGCGUGGUGCUCGGAGGAGCUUUCUGCAUGUUGGUUACACUCCUUGGACAUAUCAAGGUGGGCCACGGGACUAAAGCCCAUCACCACGAGCACCACCACAUCCAGGCUCCCAACAAAGAAGAUGUCUUAAACCUUUCAGAAGGAGAACGUGCGGAGCUUAGUAAAAACAUCCGCGUUUAUUGUAUCAUCCUUGUGAAACCGAAAGAUCUGGGGCACUGGGCUGCAGUGAGAGAGACAUGGACCAAGCACUGCGACAAGGUGGAAUUUUACAGCUCUGAGAAGAUCAAAGUGUUUGAUUCUGUAGCCCUCAACACAAAUGAUGUGUGGGUGAUGAUGAGAAAAGCUUACAAGAUUACGUAUGAACAACAUAAAGAUGAAUUCAAAUGGUUCUUCCUUGCGUAUCCAACAACAUUCGCUAUUAUUGAAAAUCUAAAGUAUUUCUUACUGAAAAAAGACCCCUCACAGCCUUUUUAUUUAGGGCAUACUGUGAAAUCUGGUGACCUUGAGUAUGUAGAUGGUGAGGGAGGAAUUGUCUUAAGCAUCGAAUCACUAAGACGACUCUCCUAUGUUCUUGAAGACUAUGCUAAGUGUCCGGAGCAGGGAGGUAUGAUUUGGAAACUUGCUGAGGAUAAACAGCUAGCGAUCUGCCUGAAGUAUACUGGAGUGUUUGCCGAGAAUGCGGAAGAUUCAGAAGGAAAAGACGUCUUUAACACGAAAUCAGUCAGUACUCUCAUUAAGGAAGCCAUGUCUACCCACCCUCACCAGGUGGUGGACGGCUGCUGCUCAGACAUGGCCAUCACCUUCAGCGGACUGGCCCCCAACCACAUGCACGUGAUGAUGUACGGGGUCUACAGGCUGAGGCCCUACGGCCACACGUACAAAGACGCACUUGUCUUCUUGCCCCCUGAAGGCUCAGACAACGACUGA